UUUGACAGACGGAUAAAAAUUUUGUCUGGAAAGUGGCAAUGGAGAAGACUGAGAACCAGGCUACUAGUAAUGGACCCAACUAUAGAGGAAUCAAGGCUAUGCCUUUUGUCAUAGGGAACGAAACCUUUGAGAAACUGGGAACAAUCGGUACCUCAGCAAACCUCUUGGUUUACCUGACAAGUGUUUUCAAUCUGAAGUCCAUUACGGCGACGAAUAUCAUCAACGUCUUCAAUGGAACUUGCAAUUUCGGUACCUUGCUUGGAGCCUUCCUGUCUGAUACUUACUUUGGUCGUUACAAAACCUUGGGAUUUGCUUCAGUAUCCUCCUUUUUGGGUAUGCUUGUGUUAACUCUAACAGCAGCCAUUUCAAAGCUGCAUCCGCCUCAAUGUGGAAGUGGAGGUGAAGAGGCAGGCAGAUGCUUCAGUCCAACACCUUGGCAAAUGGCAUUUCUGUUAAGUGGCUUUGGAUUACUAGUUGUGGGUGCUUCUGGCAUUAGGCCUUGUAAUUUGCCAUUUGGGGCUGACCAAUUUAAUCCUAAUACUGAGUCAGGGAAAAGUGGAAUUAGCAGCUUUUUCAACUGGUAUUAUUGCACUUAUACAUUUGCAGUCAUGAUUUCAUUGACCACGAUUGUUUACGUGCAAUCCAAUGUGAGCUGGUCUCUAGGGUUGGCUAUUCCAACAAUUCUUAUGUUCUUAUCCUGUGCGGUUUUCUUUGCGGGAACAAGAAUAUAUGUGCAAGUGAUACCAAUGGGGAGUCCUUUAACUAGCAUUUCACAAGUUAUUGUAGCUGCAUUCAAGAAGAGACAAGUUGAGUUGCCAAAGCAACCGUGGAUCUCACUUUUCAACCAUGUUCCUUCCAAUUCCAUAAACUCUAGAAUCGCUUACACCAAGCAAUUCAGGUUUUUAAACAAAGCAGCUGUUAUAACAUCAAAUGACUCGAUCAAAGCAGAUGGAUCAGCAGCAGAUCCAUGGAAACUUUGCAGUAUCCAGCAAGUUGAAGAAGUAAAAUGUGUAGUACGACUAAUUCCCAUAUGGGCUGCUGGAUUAAUCUACUAUGUUUCUGUGGUCCAACAACAGAACUAUGCAGUCUUCCAAGCCCUUCAAUCUGAUAGACGCCUAGGAAAGAGCAAUUUCCACAUCCCAGCUGCUUCAUACAUCAUCUUUGCUAUGUUGACCAUUACAAUUUGGCUACCCAUAUAUGACAGGAUUUUAGUUCCAUGGCUCAGAAGACUAACAGGGAAAGAAGAUGGAUUGACGCUCCUCCGGAAAGUCGGAAUAGGCCUGAUAAUAUCUGUUUUUGCCUCGCUCAUUUCAGGCUUCAUUGAGGACAGAAGGAGGAUCAUAGCUCUCACAGAACCAACACUGGGAUCAGUUCCUGGCAAAGGUGCAAUUUCUUCAAUGUCAGCAAUGUGGUUAAUUCCUCAAGUUGCACUAUCAGGACUUUCUGAAGCAUUCGCCCUGAUUGGUCAAAAUGAACUUUUCUACAAGCAAUUCCCUGAAAAUAUGAGGAGCUUUGCUUUAGCAUUCUUGUUUGUGGGCUUCGCAGGGUCCAGCUAUUUGAGUAGCUUCUUUUCAUCAGUGAUUCACAGGACAACAGAAUGGUUGGGAGAUGAUCUUAACAAGGGGAGAUUGGAUUACUUCUAUUACUCGAUUGCAGCUCUAGAAAUGUUUAACUUUGUCUCUUUUCUUAUUUGUGCAAAGUGGUACAAGUACAAAGGAUCAGACAGCAAUCCUGGUGUGAUGACCCUAGAAAUAAACCAUAAUAAUCAACAUGAACAAAUUCCUGCAGUCUGAUGAAAAUGCCAUAAUAUUUUUUCUUCAAGCAUGGAAUGCCUCACGGGCUAUGGGAACCAGGACUAAGGCUUCAGUCAGUUGUACGUAAGUUUAGUCAGUUGAAUAAGAAUUGCAUAAGUUUAGUGAAGAUUUACUGUUUCAAAGAAGAAAUUAAGAGCAGAAUUAACUUUUCUUAGUUAUGUCCACUCAAAGCUUUGAUUGCAUCUCGUUGUCUUAA